AAAGAGUUUUCAUUCAUAUGAUAGUUCGAAAGAAAAAAGAUGGCCAAUGCGCAUCGCCAGCACUUGUAUUUAAAAGCCGUCGAUUUCUUUGACGGAUCUAACCCACAGGGCGGUUUCUUCCAACUGCGAGAAAUAAUACUGAUGAACGAGGAGAUGAACGAUGAGGAGCGCGAGCUGUGGAUCGAUAUUGUACGCGCCAUUGUGAGUUUAUACGUCGAUACACAGGAGUUGCCCACUACAUUGGAGUUGAGGGAAGAACUCAAGGUAUUUUUAAUUGAUUGUAUUUACCUGCUGGAGAUGCACCUGCUGCCCCUUUCGACUGAGAUUACGGCCGACGUAAAAUAUUAUGAGGAACUCGGAAACAGCUACUUCUACAUGUCAGCUCUCACCGAGGGUGUGGAGGCCAGCAUUUACAGCAACUUUUCUUUGAGCAGCUAUGUUUACGGCUAUGAGUUGGCAUUGGAAGUAUUUGGUCCAUCCUAUCCCCUCACUCUGAUCAGCGCUGAUAAUAUUGCACUUCUGUACAGCGACGUCUUCGAUGACAAGGAAGUAGCACUAGAAGUAGCCGAGACAGCCGUAGAUGCCGUCCACCUUGAACAGCACUUUACGGACAACAAAGAAGAAGAGGAGUUUGUGAACAAGAUGUUGAAUAAAUUGGAGACCCAUAUUUUAAAAUGGACUAAGGAAUUGAAGCAAGGAAAUUUGGGAAAUACCAAUCUUAACUAGUGGAAACACUAGCCAGCAAAUACAAUGUUUCUUACACAAUCACACAACAACCUGAUAAUGGAACAAACGUCCAUAAUGCUUCGAAAACAGGAACAACUACAAGGGAACACAUACGUCUCUGAAGACAUCUCUCAGCUUUACGGCAACACAUUCCAGUAAAAUCUUAACUACUGGAAACACAACGUUUCUUAGAGAACCACACAACCACCUGAUAAUGGAACAAACGUCCAUAAUGGGGUAAGUGGUGACAUUCGUCUUAGAGCAGUUCUAGUUAUACCUACAUACUUCGAAAACAGGAACAACUACAAGGGAACACAGACGUCUCUGAAGACAUCUCUCAGUUAUAUGGCAACACAUGGCGGUUCAAAGUUGUUUACCAUAAUUGGGAAUCGUUUUGAAUCCAAGAGGGUAAUUAACAUAAUCACUAUCAAUAACCAAGCACGGGGUUACACAACUGAUACUGAUGCUUAUGAAUAAAAGAACAAUUCAAUCUUAGGAUAAUGACCUCCACUAAA